GAUCCCAGCGCACCUUCUUUCCCGGUUCCGACCCGAGUCACUCCUUCGAGUAAAUCAUCACCUACGAUCUUUAAUCUCUUCCACCCGAUAAUCUAAUACCACCACCCCAAACAACAUCAAUCAACAUGCGUUUCGGAUCCAUCCUCGCUUUCGCCGCUGCCGGCUUCUCCGCGCUCGCCGCUGCCUACGCCUCCCCCGACGGCACCACCGAUGCCGCCAACCCCAUCCACGCGCCCGUCGCGAAGACUCUCCUCAAGGCCGGAGAGCGCUUCACCGUUGAGUGGCUGCCGACUGCUGGAGAGAGGGUCACCCUGGUCCUCAUGAAGGGAACCGACGCCGCUCUCCUCGACACCCUCGAGGUCAUUGCCAGCGGACUCCCCAACACUGGUGCCUUCAUCUGGGUUCCCUCCACCGAGCUCGCCGGCGACGACGACUACUCGAUCCAGAUCCAGUCCCAGGACCCGGACACCAAGAACUUCUCCGCCGUGUUCAAGAUCGCGUCCAACGGCCCUGGUAUCAAGGGUACCACCAUCGUCCCGUCGACCACGCGCACUGUCGCCGGCGCGUCUGCCACCAUUUCCGGCGUCCCCACCUACACCGGAGCCGACGACGCGACCGCCACCGGCGUCGACAGCGCCUCCGUCUCCUCGUUCGAGGGCGCCGGUGUCUCCGUCAUCGGCGGUGUCUCGGGCUUCAAGAGCGUUGCCAUCGCGGCCGUCGUGGGCCUCAUGGCCGGCGGCAUGCUCGUCCUGUAAAUCAUCUAGACCGGCGGAGAACUUCUUUGUAUGUAUGCAUAGCAUAGCGGCGGCGUGUGGAGCUUUUAGAUUGGGCGGAAAUGGAAGAUAUCCUGAGGUCGUUUCGUGCUUUUGUGCUUGUCCUGUGCUGGUUCGUGAUUUUGAAACUGAAACUGAGCCGACGAGGCCCGUGCUUUUUAG